ACCUGGUUACUGCAGAGGCACCUUGGGCUCUUCAGAGAACAGCAGGGCUGCAGAGAAAUUUACUGUUAGGGUCUUUUUCUGUCAGCCAGCUCCAACGCCAGGACCAGAACUAAGACCAGGACCAGGAUCAUGGCACAAACGGUUCAAAUCGACCCCACUAAGAUGGGAGAGGGACGGGCGAUUGCUGUGCUGACUUCUGGUGGUGAUGCCCAGGGAAUGAAUGCAGCCGUGAGAGCAACUGUCCGGGUAGGUCUGUACACUGGAGCCAAGGUGUACUUUGUUCAUGAGGGUUACCAGGGUCUGGUUGACGGGGGAGACAAUAUCCGCCCGGCUACCUGGGAAAGUGUGUCAAUGAUGCUGCAAUUGGGUGGAACUGUGAUUGGUAGUGCCCGCUGUCAGGACUUCCGUACCAAGGAGGGUCGCACCAAGGCGGCCUGUAACUUGGUCAAGCUGGGCAUCACCAACUUGUGUGUUAUUGGAGGUGACGGCAGUCUCACAGGUGCCAACCAGUUCAGGACAGAGUGGAAAGACCUGCUGGUAGAUCUGGUUAAAGCAGGAAAAAUCACAACAGCUGAAGCAAAGAACUCUUCCCACCUCAAUAUUGUUGGCAUGGUGGGCUCCAUUGACAAUGACUUCUGUGGAACUGAUAUGACCAUUGGCACUGACAGUGCCCUGCAUCGCAUCAUUGAAAUAGUAGAUGCCAUUACAACCACAGCACAGAGUCACCAGAGGACCUUCAUCUUGGAGGUAAUGGGAAGGCACUGUGGGUACCUUGCCUUGGUGACUGCUCUGGCCUGUGGUGCUGAUUGGGUAUUCAUCCCAGAGAUGCCUCCAGAAGAUGGAUGGGAAGUACAUCUUUGUAGAAGACUGACAGAUCAAAGAGGACGGGGUUCCCGUUUGAAUAUCAUCAUUGUUGCAGAAGGAGCAAUAGACCGUAAAGGAAAACCAAUCACCUGUGAUACAGUAAAACAGUUGGUAUCAAAGCAGUUAGGCUUUGACACCCGCACCACCAUCCUGGGCCAUGUGCAGAGAGGAGGAACCCCGUCUGCUUUUGACAGGAUUCUGGCAAGCAGGAUGGGUGUGGAGUCUGUGAUGGCUCUGCUUGAAGCCACACCAGAUACUCCUGCCUGUGUGGUCAGCUUGUCUGGUAACAUGGCCGUUAGGCUGCCACUCAUGGAAUGUGUACAAGUGACUAAAGAUGUAACUACAGCCAUGGCUGAGGGGCGGUAUGAAGAUGCUAUCAAGCUCAGGGGAAAGAGCUUUGAAAACAACUGGAACACCUAUAAAAUGCUAGCUCAUGUGCACCCUCCAGAAACAAAGAGCAAUAUCAACAUUGCCUUACUGAACAUCGGUGCUCCAUGCGCGGGGAUGAAUGCUACUGUACGUUCAGCUGUCAGGAUUGGGCUCCUACAGGGCCACCAGAUGCUGGCAGUGCAUGAUGGCUUUGAUGGCUUGGCACAUGGAAUGAUUGAGCCAAUAGGUUGGUCUGGAGUGGCAGGAUGGACUGGAAAGGGUGGUUCCAUGCUUGGCACCAAGAGGACUCUGCCUAAAGAUCUGCUGGAGGAGAUCAGUCUGAAUAUCACAAAAUUCAACAUCCAUGGUCUUGUCAUUAUUGGGGGCUUUGAGAUUAACGUGGAUCAUCUGGUGGAAAAGAUGAAGACAACAGUGAAAAGAGGACUUAUUUUGAGAAAUGAGAAAUGCAAUGCAAACUACACCACAGAUUUCAUCUUCAACCUGUAUUCAGAGGAGGGGAAGGGCGUGUUUGACUGCAGAAAGAAUGUGCUCGGUCACAUGCAGCAGGGUGGAACGCCCAGUCCUUUUGAUAGGAACUUUGGCACAAAGAUGGGAGUUAAGUCUGUCCUUUGGUUGACUGAAAAGCUGAAGGAAUGCUACAGACAUGGUCGCAUCUUUGCCAACUCAAAAGACUCAGCCUGUGUGCUGGGAAUGAAGAAAAGAGCAUUGGUGUUCCAGCCUUUGGCAGAACUCAAAGAUGAGACUGAUAUUGAACACCGUAUUCCAAAGACCCAGUGGUGGCUUAGGCUGAGGCCCCUCUUGAAAAUCCUGGCCAAGUACAAGAUCAACUUGGACACCUCAGAGAGGACUGCAAUGGAACACGUCAUAAAGAAGAGAGGCUUAGUUCCUCAGUAGCUUUUCUAUGCAACCACUCUGGAGAGGAUGUCGGUUAAUCAACUCCUUUUAAAGCACCUUGUAAACUGUGGAUUGUACAAUAUAAUAAAUCAAUCAAUAUAAAGACUUAGUUUAACCAUAACCCCUUACAAAAUUUACACUCAGUGUUAAAUAAAUUAAAUGUGAAAUGCAGCUGCUAAAUAGUCCGAAUGCCAGUAUGAAUUUCAGGUAUUUAAUCUUUUUCAUUGGCUCCUGAUUUGGUUCCGUGUGAAUAUGAGAUUCAUACAGUUUUCCCAUAUAUGGUAAUAGGUGAUUUAAUUCUUUUGUCCCUUGGAUUUUCUAAAGUAAGUUUCAGGGAUAAAAAGUGUGUCUCCCUUCACAUUUUUCUAAAUGCAAAUAAAUGUUAAAAUAAAACCAAUUUGAA